CUCAAAUAGAUGUCCCAAUCACUCUCAUAUUAUUUUUAUGAUUAUGGCUGCUGUCAGGCACACUUGUACUCUGAGAGCAAGACAUUGCUCCUUCUGGAGGCUAGCCAAGUCUUGUGGCUUAUACUCACAGCAGACUCCUUUGAGGUUACAUUCAUCAGGUCUCUCAUGCUGGAAGUGUGGUGAGACUGUGCCACUGUCGGAGGGGGAGGCACUCUUCUUUUGUCAUUGUCCUCGUAAGAUCAUCAUGAAGCCAACUACUGAAAACUGCUUUAAAGUAAUGAACUGUCCACAAUCCUAUGACAUGGACAUUUUGGCACUCAGGAAGAGGUACAAGCAUCUUCAAACAGAGCUUCACCCUGAUAAAUUCACCAUCAAAACAAUUAAGGAGAGAGAGAUGUCAGCUGAACAGUCGUCACUUGUGAACAAGGCUUACUCUACUCUCUUCAACCCGUACACCAGAGGACUGUACCUACUUGAACUGAAUGGUCACACCAUCGAUGAGAAGGACAAUACUUCUGGCUCAGAUCUCGCAUUUCUGGAGGAGGUUAUGACUAUCAAUGAAGAGCUGCAGGAGCUUAAGGAAAGUUGUGAUCCGAUCAGAGUGAUGUCAAUCAGAGAUCUCAGUCAAAAAAAAUUGGAUGAGUUUGCAGAAAAACUGAACUGGGAUUUUCAACAUGUUGCAUACACAGCAGCAACAGAGGAUGAUUAGGAAGACAGUUGCCAGUAGCACAAUAAAGACUGCAGCAGCUAGUCCAAUGGAACUGGAAGUCGCGAUUCUCCACUCGACUACAGCACCCGGAGCGAAAGUUCAGGCAGCAUUGAUUUCGUAUUUCACCAACAUCGUCUCGUCCUGAACCAUCUGGGCAUCUCAACCCACUGACACAAGUUGUAGUUUGUAACUCUUGAAUACUACAGCAUCCUGAUCUUUCUGAGAGGGCAUUACAGCACUCUGUUCGCUGGAAUCCAUCAGAAUCAUGUGACUGAGAGUCAAGUGGAGGACAACAAAACGAACCGCAGUUUCUUGUCUGGCCAUUGAAGCAUUCUGUGUGCGUUUGUUCGUGUGUGUGCAUGUCUACAUAUUUGGUGUACUUUUUU